CAGUGUCAACCAGUACAGUAUUAUAAAUAGACAUAACUGUUGUAAAUGCUUUCAGAUAUGAAAACAGUGUACAACAUUUUUCAAACAUCCUCUGUUUGGUUCGUUGCUAAGGUAACCAGGGAGGGUAUUAAUAUAAUACAGUGUUCAAUCCACUGUGACCGCCAUAAAACAUCACAACAACAACAACAUCCACUGUGACUAAUUUAUGAGAUUCGCCGAUCGGCAGAACAAGAACCAAAGAGCGCGCGCGGGGUCCAUUGACAAGUGUGUAAGGCUGAAUUCUCAUGGCUGCAACCUCCCAGCUGUUUCGGAUAAUCCAUGGCGGGAGGUUUGGUCGUACUUGGGUGCCAUCCGUUUUGUGCCAGACUUUCUUUCAAGGCCAUCCUCCAUGCAGAAGUGUCUGCCAAGCAAAAGCACCUUUACAUCCAAUUCAGCUCCUAUUACGGAGCUAUAGGACAUCAGCAGCACGGCUCACCUACUACCUCACACCACCUCAGGUCAACAGCAUCCUGAAGGCCAAUGAAUACAGCUUCAAAGUGCCUGAGUUUGAUGGCAAAAACCUCAGCUCCGUCAUGGGGUUUGAUAGUAAUCAACUUCCAGCCAAUGCACCUAUUGAGGACCGGCGCAGUGCAGCAACAUGUUUGCAAACACGUGGCAUGCUCUAUGGUGUCUUUGAUGGGCAUGCUGGCUGUGCUUGUGCCCAGGCAUUGAGCGAGAGGCUCUUCUACUACAUAGCGGUGGGCAUGUUGCCACACGAGACACUUGCUGAACUGGAGAACGCUGUGGAGAGUGGCCGGCCCCUUCAGCCGAUCCUGCAGUGGCACAAGCAUCCAAAUGACUACUUCAGUCGCGAGGCAUCUCGCCUCUAUUUCAAUAGUCUGCGCACAUACUGGCAAGAGCUGCUGGACCUAAGCACACCUGGAGAACAACCUGAGAUUUCCGAGGUGCUGGCAAGUGCCUUCAAACGCCUGGACAGUGACAUCUCUUUGGAGGCACAGGUGGGGGAUGCCAACGCCUUUUUGCAUUAUUGGGUGUUACGUGUGGCAUUCUCAGGUGCAACAUCCUGCGUGGCACACAUAGACGGUGCUAAUUUGCAUGUGGCAAAUGCGGGUGAUGGCCGUGCUGUUCUGGGUGUGCAGGAGCCUGAUGGCUCGUUCUCCGCGCUGACCCUGUCCAAUGACCACAAUGCACAGAAUGAGGCGGAGAUUCAACGUGUACGUGCUGAGCACCCACAGUCUGAAGCCAAGACAGUGGUGAGGCAGGACAGGCUGCUUGGUCUUCUCAUGCCUUUUCGGGCGUUUGGUGAUGUCAAGUUUAAGUGGAGUGUUGAACUGCAGCGGCGCGUGCUUGAGUCUGGCCCAGACCAACUUCAUGAGAACGAGCAUGCCAAGUUUGUGCCACCCAACUACCACACACCACCGUACCUGACGGCUGAACCUGAGGUGACAUAUCACCGGCUGCGGCCACAAGACCGCUUCCUGGUGCUUGGUUCAGAUGGAUUGUGGGAGACACUGCACCGGCAGGAGGUGGUCCGUAUCGUUGGAGAGCACCUGAUUGGAGUGCAUCAGCAGCAACCUAUCAGUGUGGGUGGCUACAGGGUCACACUGGGCCAAAUGCAGGGGCUACUGCAGGAGAGGAAGGCGCGGGUCUCCCACACGUUUCAAGACCAAAACGCAGCCACACACCUAAUCCGCCAUGCUGUAGGAAGUAAUGAAUUUGGCAUGGUGGAUCACGAGAGGCUGUCCAAGAUGCUCAGCUUGCCAGAGGAGCUGGCACGCAUGUACAGAGAUGAUAUCACCAUUAUUAUAGUGCAAUUUAAUCCACAAGUCAUAGAAGCUCAGCAGAACUGAAUAUACUCUUUAUUUAUUUUUUUUUCUGUUACACUGCUUUUGCAAACACUCACAAAUAGGCAGGAGUGCUAACAUAUUGUGCUGUAUUAUCAUAUUUGUAUUAUUGGAUUAUGAUGUAGUCAUUAUUCUGUCUGCAGUUGUCUUAGUUCAGCAGUGUAGUGAGGGAAAAUGAAAAGCUGAAGAGUGAAAGAACAAUUUGGGUUAAACCGUGAAAUGUCUAAAGAUGGUUUGUUGCCAGGUUGCAUAGCUAAGGUACAGUGGGUAUGCUAUUUAAAUGAAAUUACGUUUUUAUUAUUCAUGCUGCUUCCCAAAAACUUGACCAUUGAAGCCCAACACUGAGGAGAGUGUUGGCAUUUCAGUAUUGGUUACCGCAGCUUUGAAGUAGCUGCCAAAGUUUCGUUAAUGAUGGUUAUUAUACAUUUUGUAUACGUAGCUGUGAAAAAAUAUGUAGAAUCCCAUAGCAAACCUUUUAAAGACCCCAAAUUGUCAACUCAAGUAAAUUUUCUAACUUGCCCAUAUAUAUAUAUAUAUAUAUAUAUAUAUAUAUAUAUAUAUAUAUAUAUAUAUAUAUAUAUAUAUAUAUAUAUAUAUAUAUAAUAUUCCUGUGACCACACAAAGCUGUGUAUAAGACAGAAGAAUUUUUUGCUGCAUCCCUGCAUUGAGAGGGAUAAGGGCUAAAUGUAUUUAAUCAGAUAAUCACUAGUAAAAUCAUGAAUGUACUCAUCAUGAUGGACAUGGUGCAAAUCUUUUGUGUUAAACGUAUCUCUAUAUUGUUUGUUAAUAAUAAUCUGAAUCCCUGUUUUGCAAACCAAUUACCAAAAAUGCAGGAUUUGGUUAAUGCCUGUGUUUAUUUCUAGCCCUAUUUUAAUUACUAGUUUAUUACAUGUGUGUCUGGUGUUUGUUGUAGUAUUCAGUAGAAUUCUUCAUUUUAUGGCCUGUUUCAUUGCGGGAUUUCGUGUAUAGUUAGUUACUGAUGAUGAUGAAGUGAAAGAGAAUUAUGUUUGUGUAUGAAUGCAUGGCUCUAGAUACCCCCUGUGUGUCUAUGCCAUUGUGGUCAAUUAUGUAAUGAAAUAUAUUGUUUUAAAGACUGGACCUUUUUAGGUCUCCCUCCACACAGCCUUCAAACGAGAAUCAGGUCAGCGGAGAGUUUAUUUGCACGGCAGACAGACUGUACUUCAUUUUACGCUUAUUGCGUUAGUUGUGAAAACAACAAACUCAUUUCAGUCCAUUAAGUGUUACAGUUUCGCUGGUUUGCAGUGGGUCAGAAUGAAUGUAGAACUCACUAAAUACAAAUGUAAACAGCUUUUCAUGAACAGCUGCAUGUUACUGACAUUUAAAAAUGCAAUGCUUUAUAUAUUUUUUUCUAACACAUGGCCAAGUUUAAGAAUUGUAUUUGAAGGUAGAUGGAAACAUCUGUAAAAAUGUACACGUAUUAAAAUUAUUAAAGCCAUCAAGACAA